GCCAAAGUUGGCCAACAGAUUGUAAUCCUCAAAAUCUUUAUCUCUCCCUUAGGGUUUACUCUGCCACGAAAAUGGCAGCAAUUAGAAUGAUGACUACAAACAUGAUUACUAGAGAAAUUGCCCGUAUCUCUCCAUUCUUCUUUAAACCUAAUCCAGUAGUUCCAUGGACAUUAGUGAGAUUCAAUGGAGUUGUUGGUUGCAACCCUAGUAUCAGCUAUGGAAGAAUUGUAUGUAUGGCUUCAGAUGCUUCCAGUGAGAAGAAGAUGUCAUCACGUUUAUCUCAGGUUAAUCAAUUUAUGCAAGAAGCUGAAGAAAGAGCUUCUGCUGCUGGAAAUGAACCUAUUCCUAAAAUCACUAUAGACCAUGUUACUGUUAGUUUUGCAAGAAGUGGUGGGCCUGGUGGUCAGAAUGUCAACAAAGUGAACACCAAGGUCGAUAUGCGUUUCAAUGUUAAUAAGGCUUACUGGCUGAGCGACAGAGUCAAAGAGAAGAUUACGUCUAUGGAGAAGAAUCGGAUGAACAAAGAUGGGGAGCUUGUGAUUUCUUCUACAAGAACUAGAACGCAGAAGGGUAACAUAGAAGAUGCUUUGGAGAAACUGCAGGCCAUCAUUGAUGCUGCUUCAUAUGUCCCACCACCCCCUUCAGCAGAGCAGAAGAAAAAGAUUGCUAAGAUGGCUGCUAUUGGAGAACAGAAGAGACUACAGAGCAAGAAAGCCCUCUCACAAAAGAAAGAUUUUAGGAGAUCCCGUGAUGGUUGGGAUUGAGAUAUUAUAAUUCUGCAAAUCUUUUGAGGUGGGACUUCCAGGGUCUCUGUUUGAGCUUGACCUGCUAAAUGGUAUGAUACAGACUAUUCUGCAUGUGCUAAUGAAAAUAACAAUUUUAUAACUACUUCGGAAAAGUGCUUGCACUAGUUGAUGAAAUUGGGAGCUCGGAUGUUUACCGUAAAAUGAAUCUGCUAUUCACUAUUCUUGUGUAGCUUUAUUGUUUCCCGGGUCUUGCUGUAUAAGCUGUUCCACUACAAAUUUAAUCACAAGUCUGUAAUUAAGGCCAUAUAGUUUUAUUCUGAAUCAUUCAUGUCAAGCCAAGUUGAGCUCGAUUAA